UAUAAAUAAAAAGAACCUAGAUACAUUCUCGAUUUAGAAAAUCUAUAAAAAAUAUGGUUGCCACGGGUGUACCUAAGUGUUUGAAACAUAAAUAAUUUGUUUCUGUGCGUCACAGUAUAUUCAGUACCUAAUCAGGUAUAAGUACUAUUAUUUGUUACAACGAACUUUACGGAUCAUUUAUAAUACAUUAUAGAAGUCUAAACGUAGUUUUCGUUUAAUAUAUUAACUUAACCGUAUCAGAUCACUAUGUCAAAUAUUGAAGCACUGGAAACUUCGCCCAAAUCCAUGAUCCAGUCCGUUACCGACAAUUAUUUCGAUGUUUUCGACUUGCUCCAGCAAAAUCGAGCGAAAACGUUGGAAUCUCGAGAUAUUAAGAGUCCACAGGCGCACUGCAGGCGAUAUAAAUCGACGCCUAAUGUGGCUCUGCAGAAGAACUCCGCAGGUGCAGAUGAACCCGUGACCGAGUGGCCGUUUACAACCGGAAUUAUGCGACGAUAUAAAUCGAUGCCUAAUAUGGCUCUGCAACGAUCUGACUCCGCAGACGAUGUACCCGAUAUCGAGUUACCUUCCAUCACAUCCAUGGUGGAGUUGCAAGCUUCGACAGAUUUAUCGUCCACCGAGUUGUCAGUAACGGCACCUGCCACUGCAGAAGUUGACGAGAUCGAGGCGCCGUCCAACAUCUCGUCAUCUUUGCCACAUGUUCGGCCGAUCGAUGCCGACGUGCUACAGUCAAGUCUAAUGUAUAACACGGCAGCAGUGCAGUUUGAUGGUGCCGAGCUUGAAAACUGUUCGACGAAACCAUCGGUCCAUCAGGCAAAUGGUAUCCAGGAUAUGGUGGUAACCCAUGGUGGCUGCAGUGACGCAGUCACGAACCCGACGGUAACCGCGGUAUUUCCCAGACACGAUGCAAUCGAUAUCGAGUUACCUUCCGUUGCACCCAUGGUAGAGUUGCAAGUUUCGACAGAUUUAUCGUCCACCGAGUUGUCAGUAACGGCACCUGCCACUGGAGAAGUUGACGAGAUCGAGGCGCCGUCCAACAUCUCGUCAUCUUUGCCACAUGUUCGGCCGAUCGAAGCCGACAUGCUGCAGUCUAGUCCGGCGUACAACACGGCAGCGCUGCAGUUUGACGGUGACGAGUCUAUAAAUUGUUCGGCGAAACCAUCGGUCCACCAGGCAAAUGGUAUCCGGGAUAUGGUGGUAACCCGCGGCGGCUGCAGUGAUGGAGUCACGAACCCGACGGUAACCGCGGUAAUUCCCAAACGCCGCUCUCUGUGGAGCCGGACGAAGAGAUUCGUCCGGCGAAUGCUUUGUUGCGGCGCUGUAUGGGCAUAGACUGCAAUGUAUGUGCGUGUUUGUGCCGAGUUUGCCCCGCAUUUUUGUGUCCCCGGUUGAACUUGUUCGCCGGAAAAUCAGUUAAAAUCAUUUUACUUCCGCCAUUGUACGCGCGUUCAUUCUGAGUUCGCUCCGACGUUUGAACGUUUCUCCAAGUCACACGCACUAUACUGACUUUAGUUACCAUUGAAAUUGCACCGUUUGAGUCAUAGAUCUGCUGUGGAAAUGGUCGGUAAAUACUGCUGCCCUCCGCUCCUAUGUUUAAGAAAAUAAAUAAUUAUACCGAUCGAAAAUAAAUUAUGGCUAUUAUACUGCCGUAAAAUAUGUAAUGUAAAAUGUAUAAUGUAUAAUGUAUAAUGUAUAAUAUGUAUAAUAUGUAUAAUGUAUAAUGUUUAAUGUAUAAUGUAUAAUAUGUAUAAUAUGUAUAAUAUGUAUAAUGUAUAAUGUAUAAUCGGAUAACCUAUAUUAUGUAAGUUUACACGACUAAUAAACGUUUUUGUUUUAGUAUUUA